AUGCGUCUGUUACACUGUUUACUUUCCGAAGAAAAUGUGCCUUUUGCUGAUGAAUUCAUACAGGAAUUCAUUUCCUUCUGUGUUAAGUCCCUAUCUUUGAAUGAUUGUCCAAAGCACCAGUUUGAAGGUGCCUGGAGUCUGGCAUACUUGGUGUCUGGGCCUUCUGAGUAUGUUAAACUGGUGGUUGACGAUCAGGAUGCUGUGCCUGGUUUUAUAAAGCUCCUUAGUUCUCCCAGUGAUGAUCUUCGCGAGCUGGCUGUAUUGGCAUUGGGAAACAUUGCCAGUGACUCUGACGUUCAUCGUGAUGCUGUUUUGAGUAAAAACCCCGUGGAGCCAUUGCUGAGUCAGUUUAAAAAGAAGGCAAAACUGUCAAUGCUGAGAAAUUGCCUCGUGCUUCCUGUCACUCGAGUUCUUAGAGUACUUGUUUUUCUUGAGGACAAGUAUGCGCUACCGUAUGCAUGCUGGGCUCUGUCAUUUAUUUCUGAUGGUUCGGACAAAGUAAUCAUGGAUUUACUUGAGAAGGGUGUCUAUUCACGUUUUUUGGCACUACUCAAUGAUCCAUCGCCUGAUGUGCAGAUUCCUGCACUCGCGCAGUCAGGAAUAUUGCGAGAGGGGAUGAUUGUGGGAAACAGGUAUUUUCAAUCCAUCACUUUGCACAGUUUUGCAUGGGAAGUUAUUGAUCAGCAGCUUACUUUUUGGAUUGACCGUGGGCUGCUGCAUCAUUUGCGAGAACUAUUGUUUACUCAUGUUGAAAGCAUCCAGAGAGAAGCUUGUUGGAUCAUCUCUGAUAUAACUUGUGGAAAUGAGAUGCAGAAUCAGGCAUUGAUUGGUGCUGAUUUAAUUGAAGCUUUAAUCCAUGUGCUAACAGCCGACUCUGAUGAUUUGAAGGAAGUAGCUGGGAAGACUGUUCUAAAAGUUCUCUCUGGUGGAUCUCGUUUUGGAAACAAGGUUAAGGGUUUGGAGGGCUUUAUAAAGCCUCUAUGUGAUCUUCUCAUGAGUGAAGAGUCUAUGGUCAUUGAAUAUUGCCUUGAUGCGCUUGCACUCUUAUGUGAGCCUAAAAGCGUCCUGGAGCCUAUAACUUUGAGUUAA